AUGGAGGGUUUGGUGCCGCGCCCCGCCAAGGGCUACCGGGUGGUGCUGCUCGGCGGCGUGGCGGUGGGCAAGACGGCGCUGGCCACGCAGUUCGCGUGCGGCCGCUUCCCCGAGCGCUGCGAGCCGUCGGUGGAGGAGCUGUUCAGCAAGGUGAUCGAGGUGAACCGGGCCCCCGCGCUGCUGGAGAUCGUGGACACGGUGGGCGCCGAGCACCUCGUCACCCUCAAGGACCUGUACAUCAGGAACAGCGACGGCUUCGUGGUGCUCUACAGCGUGUGCAGCGAGGCCUCGUUCCAGGCCGUGCGGCCGCUGCGGGAGCACAUGGGCCGGCUGCGGGGCCCGCGCGCCGUCCCGCUGGUGUUGGUGGGCACCAAGGUCGACCUGGACGCCGAGCGCCAGGUGCUGACGGCCCAGGGCCGCGCGCUGGCCCGCGAGUGGCGCUGCCCGUUCCUGGAGGUCACGGCCAAGAGCAAAAUGAUGGUGGACCGCGUGUUCACGCAGGUGGUGCGCGAGAUGGAGGCCCUGGCCCCGCCGCCGCCGGAGGCCCCGCGCAUCCCCGCCAACGCCCUGGAGACGUGGCCGGCCGAGAGGUUCAUUGGCUAGCGCCGCGCCGCGCCCCGAGCGCUCAGUGCCUUUUCCCAGACAGCUACGGAACCCGCAAACAGGAGGCCGUGUCUGUACGCUCACCCCCUCCGUUGACCUCCGACUGUGCUAUGAGAAGAAGCCAAAAACUGCGUUUUUGUUUUUGUUUUUCCUGUACAGAGAACUUACAGCCCUGCUCUUCGAUCGGCUCGUUUCUGGACUCCCGCUCCCACCCCGUCUAGUCUUUGUAAAUAGCAACUUGUGAGCGUUGGAUUGGAGCGUGCAGGAAAGACAGUGUUCUGCAGCUGCGGGGUGGGUUCCCUUCUCCUUCACAGCCUUGAACCCAGCAGUAGGAUCUUCCUCAACGUGAAUUCCUAAAUAUAGCUAUGACUCGUGCCGCGUUGGUUUGAAAGGGGACACUGUGUGGGGGACAACUGCGCACAAGCACAAAGGUAGCUCAGCCCCACCUUGUGAUUGACGUUUACAUCCCCGUGUUGGAAAUAAAACUAGAAGUUGGUAAUUUUUAA